UUUCUUCUACUUAUUAGAACUCAUGCUGGCGUUACUUAAGUCGUAGGAGGGGCCUGUGAUGUAGAGGGCAGAGCUCAUACAUAGCACAGCUUGGGUAAUAGGGCGUGGUUUAUGGCAGGAUAUAUAUAUGUAAGUGCCAGGCAGGCACCCAGAUAUCUGUCUGUCUGUAAAAGGUGGCGAGUACCUAGCUUUGUGUCUACGUAGUAGUCUAUAUACAUAGGUCUCUUGUGGCUUUCUAGUGAGGCGGCGGGUUUCGUUUUCACAAUAAGAGGGAGGGGUCACGUCCCUUUUUCCUUCUUCCUCCGCACUGUAUUCCGUAGUUUGGUAGCUGUCGGUUUACAUAAGACUUGUCUAGGUAGGCUCCGUCUUCUAUUUCAAUGUGACGAAGGUUACAUGUAGGCCUAACCAGUAGACAGGUACGUCUUAUGAGAGGUGGCUUGGCCUGACGAAUACACCAAUAAUGUAAGUAGACAGAGUCUACCAACUAGGCAAUCCGGGAGGGGCCCAACAUCCAGGCAAAAAUACGGCGUGCCCUUCUUGCCCAACUGGGCCGGGAGGGUAACUACUUACCUAUAUGAGGGAAUAUAUAUACCUCCAAGAAUAGGCUGGCUAUGGUAAGUAAGCAGGACGUAGCAUCCUACAAGUUGAACCUCUCCGCAUUGCCUCCCUCCACCAUCCUCCCCCUUUUUCACACACACACACACACCCCCAACCUACGCUUCCGGCCAAAAAAAGCAACCCCAGAUCCUGCAACCCUUUCUGCAACCUCCGAGGACUCGGCUGGUAUGGCCCCACGUGACGGUCCGUCGCAUGCGGCGCAGCUAUGUCGUGCAUGUGUGCAAAGGCUGUCUCGGGUAGGGACAUGGGGUGCUGGUCAUGUGGUUUUCUUUUUUGGGGGUUUUUUUUUAUCUUUCGUAACGCUUAAGUAUGUACCUAAGUUAAGUACUACUAAUGUAUCUACUAUCUAUGUAUGUAGUUAUCGUCAUGCGAUUGCUCGGGUGGUGGUGGGCCUGACAUGCCGAGGACUUUGUUUUGUUUGUUUGCAAUGGAGUUUGCAAUGGAGGAUUUGUUUGUUUGGGCACAAUGGCACGAUGGCACAUAGCCUAUAGGUAUGGAAUCUAUGGAUGAGUGUACUAACCUACGUUAUUAAUAAGAAAAGGGGGGAGGGAGGGGCGCGAUGAUACAUAUUACGUAGUCAAGUCUAUCCAUCCGAUUCC